UGGGUAGGUGUCAAACAAAGGAUUCUCCCAGUCUCAGCUGAGCUUCGCUCUCGUGAAGACGUCUGUAUUCCUCAGCUCUUAAGUUCUAAUCUGUGAUUUUUUUUUAUGAUUUCCUAUGGAUUAAAUUUAAUAUUGCCCAUAGGUGCUUGAAUGGAAAAUCACUGCUUGCUACCGAAAGCAGACUUAUAUACACAGAGCAGACUAACUUAUUCGUGUAUGUUAGAGUUGACGGAGUUUGAAGAAGGAAGAGUCAACUGUAGCGUCCUGAAGAAAGCUUGACAAAUUGAAAGAAAAAUGGGACAUCUUGUGGAACAAUCGGAGGUGGCAGCAAUUGAAACUCAAGUCAGCAAAGCAACCCCAACUACUGCUGUGACUGUAGGUGCUCAGCAAGCACAGCAUGCGCAGCUGAGCCAGGCGCAGCAAGGGCAUUUGCACAUGCCUCAGCAGCACCAGCACAACCAGCAGCAGCAACAGCAGCAACAACAUGGACAGGGUGGGAGAGUCUUGGGACAAGGAAAGCAGGGGCCAAGGCAGCAGCUACACCACCCGCUUCAGACCAAACAGUCUGACCUUCAGCAGAGAAGAGAGGAAGGCGAAGAGAAAAGUGAAGACGAAGGCAGCGAGGAGGAGGAGGAAGAGAAUGGGUGGUGGGCGGAGAAGGUGGUGGGCGUGCUGGGAGGCCUGGGUGACUACGGUGACACCUGGUACCGGAGCCAUGCCCACCUCCUCCACGGCGACGGUCCCCUCCCACACACCUGGCGACUCUAUAUUGCUGCCCUGGCUAUGUGUCGACAUGAAGUUGAAUGGCUGAUGAAGGCACUGCUCACAGACUUCAGUAAUGCUGGAGGAGAUAUUCGUUGGAUUGCAGGACUACAUCAUGCCCCACCAAAGCUUUAUGCACUUGUUCCUAUCAACAAUCUAUUGGCUCAUCGCCCUUGGCUUCUUAUGCCAAAGCAUAUUCAGGAACUAACAAAGGGUGAAGAGAGCUGGUCACUAGGUGAGCUUUGCCAAGCUUUGUGCAUCAUGACACAUUUCCAUGCCCUGGCAACUUUUCUUCAUGGUUGUGGGCUGUCCAAGAUCCCCAGAUCUUCCAAGAAAGAUGAAGGGCAGGCAGAUGACAGAGACAAAGCAAGUAAUGGUAAGCCAGUCAUAGGGGGUCUACAAAACAGACAAGGAUGCCCAGAAACUUCCAAUAAUACCAAUGUCAAUAUAAAUGGCAAAUUGAAUGCAAGGUCAGAGGCUAAGAAGUCUACCACUGUGGAUGGUAUUAGACAUGGCGUACGGGCAUAUGCUCACCUUACAGUAAACCCAACUUUAGCCUAUGAAGACUUUAAUGGCAAUGAUGAAUCCCGCAUACCAUCUUUUUCAGUUCAUGAGUACAAUUGGCAAGAUCAUGGAUAUGCAAUGUGCUCACGGCUUUUGGGAGAAGUUGGAGCCUUUCUAGAUGAACGUUUCACAUCAGCCCUGUCACCAACAUAUUCUCUUCCACAAAAACAGCUUUCUGCUACAGGCACUGUGUCUCAACAAACCAACUCAGCAUCAGGCCAAGCUCAGUGUGAUAAAACACUCUCCAAGUCCAUGCCUCUGCCAACAAAAGCACUAUGGAAUUAUGUCCAGUGGCUGUUGGGUAUUCACCAUGAUGACUGCAAUUAUGCUGAGCUGAACAAACAUUUGGAUCCUCAAGUUAAGGCAUUCGUUAAGGCAGCUUGUUGCUACCCUGAGAGUCUUGGUGAUACCAGCUCAAACACAGUGUCCACAAACAGUAUUAAUUUUAAAGCGGUAGAGACAAGCGUAGUAGUGAUGGAAGCACGUCUGCAAUCGGAACUGUUGUAUGCUCUUAGGGCCAUCAUGCUUCAUCAGUGCUGAACUGCUAGUUACUUCCAUCAAGUAAGACAACACAAGUGUGAUAUUUGAAAUCCCUGAGUGGAUUAUUUACAAAUACUGUCGCUUUUUGGUACCAUUGCCAUAGAUAUGUUCUGGCAGCAUGUGUUACAGAUUAUAUAUUGGUGGCAUGGUUGUGCAAACCAGAAUCUCCUUUUAUGUAUUUUUAGAUAAGGGAAAUGUGUUAUGUAAUGACAAUGCAAUGGUAAUGAUAUACAUACAUAGCAUUAUAACAAGAUAGUUUGAGAGAGGAGAGAGAGAUGCACAUAGUAAAUUAAUUAGCCAAUAUUAGUGUUCUUCUGUUAUCUAAGGUGUAUCACUUUCAAAAGUAUAGAUUAUGGAACAGUGAUUUGAACUGAACUUCAGUGACAGAAUACUAACUAAGCUUGUAUUAACAAUUUAUUCACAAAUUGUUAUGCUAGAGUCAAGUUUUAACAUUUUUAAAAACUUUUGAAAACUGUUCAACUUACAUGGCAUUAGAAAUUAAUUCUACAAAGUUUCUGAUCUCUUGAUGAAGGUUUUAAUAAGCCUUAAUAUUGUUAAAUAUUUAUGUUAGUUUAUGAGGUAAUUAAAAUCUUGGUCCAGACCAACUAGUCAUACGGUAAUUUUUCUUCUUUUUUGAAUUUGAUGAAUUCACUUCAAUCUUAAGUGACAUUCUUUACUCAUUACUUAUAUUUAGUUCUUCAGAGUAAUCAAAUGUGUUUUUUUAAUGUUUGCACAAUUUGGUUAGACAUGUGCUACAAAGAUGGAGUAUACAGUCCCCACAAGCGGUUCCUAAUAUAUUCUAAAUGAAAGGUACUUCAACCAAUUUUCUAUUAAUAGUAUAGGUGGCUGUUAAUUCUUGGCCCCAAAAUCAAACUAAUUCUGCAUGUUGCUUAAUUUUGAGAAAAUUUAUUAAAGGAAAUUAUAGUCAUUGCAGAAAGCAAAAUUCAACUGACAGAUGACAGUGAACUUUUCCAUGCCAUAUUUUAACCAUUUUGUGUAUUUAUAAAAUUUAAUUUGGAAUGUUAAACCUCCUGUUCAUAAGUCUACAUUCAGAUAGGGGGAAAAAUUAUAAUAUAUUCAGUAAUAAGGUUUAUUGUUUUUAAUGUAUCUGAUUUUCUGUCUGAGGAGUUAAUAUGGCACAUCUUUAUUUUCAGUCUUUCAAUGCUUAAAUAUUCUGUGAUCCAUGUUUCAGUGCAUUCAAGGCACAUAGACAUGACUGGUGAAAUGUACAUAUAGAUAUAUAACUUUUUCUCAAUAUAAAUCCUUUUUUAUAUAACCACAUAAAAACACUUGAUAUAGGAUACUAUUCUAACAGUUGUACCUCUUUCUGUGCCCAGUGCACUAUCAUAUAUCAUUAUUCUCACUCCUUAGGGCUCAUCAAAGUCCUAAAAUUAAUCUGGUAAAUUGGCAAGAGAUAAAGAAAUAGGUGGUUAUGCAGGAAAAGGAGCAGUUAUGUUAAUUCUUCCCUGUUGACAUGUUUAAUCAUUAUAAUAUCCAAUCCUUUACUGUAAAGGUUUUCUGUUGUGCUGGAAGACCAUGCCAAUAUUGUGAUAUAUACAUUAUAUACUAUAGGUUUUUAAUAAGGUGGGAUAAUUAUACUCCUCAGAAGAAAAUGCCUUUCUUUGUAUUAAAUUUUCAUGCAUAUUGCAUAACCAUUCCACUAUAAAUAGUAGAAUGCAGAAGAAUAUAGAUUAAGACUAUAAGAUAAGGCAAUACUUUAAAAGAUUCACUCAGGAAAUACCAUAGAAAUGUACAAAUUAUUAAAAAAUAGUAUAAAUCUUGAUCCCAGAGCUGAAAUAUUCCUAUUUAUGUUUCAAGAAAUUAGAUUUGUUUCAAAGGAGCAUGAUUUUUUAUGAAGAUGUUCUUUUGUAUAUGUAUUCCAAAAGAAUAAGAAAGGUCAGAUACCGGCUGAAUCCGUCGUGUGAUAAUGUCAGGAAUAUGAGUGCUCGUAGCUACUGCUGGCAUGUAAUGAUAAGAUUAUUUACGGCACAUUCUCCUGCGUAUUAUGUCCAAACGAAUGCAGGAAGUUUUCUACAUUAUUGUCUCUAUUUUACUUAUAAGGGGUGAUCACCAAGUCCAUGGGGUGUUUUAGACUUUUUCUUAAAACGACUACACACAUCCCAAAGGAGCAUUUUAAUCCCAAAUGUAGUCUCUCUUUUCCCCUGGCAAAAUACUUCAUCCACAAAUCCUAAAGCUUUGCUAUGCCCAUUCUGUAAAGCUCCUUAUCUAAAUCCAUUCUGUAGUGCAAUUUGCUAUAAAACUAGUUCCAUGUCAGAUAUAUCUACAAUCAACAAUACUUUGCCAAUUCCAACUCUGUCACUGUAGGAAAUAUAGUACAGUAGUUGUAUUUGCUAUUUAAAUUUUUCAGAUUAGAUUUCAAGCAUGGAGAAGUUGCCCACUCACAGUGCAGGGAUCAGUCAACUUGUAAGUCAACCCAUUCUUGGGACUUGACAGAAAAAAAGACAGCAGACCAUAUAGGUAUAUAUAUACUGUACAUACAUACAUACAUACAUACAUACAUAUAUAUAUUUGUAUAUGUAUGUAUACACACACACACACACAUAUCUUUAUCGGUAACUUUAUCUGGACUGUCACCAAAAUGAGAAACCAGAAUAUCUGGAUACGUUGUGUCAGGAAAGCACGUGGCUGCUUGUAAUAUCGGCCUAGAAUACUGUACUUGAUUUUCCAAAAUUCAUGAUUUUGUACGAUCUCUUUAUUUCUUAUUUUUCUUACAUUUUUCUUAAAUUAUAGAAUUGGUAGUUUUGCAUGUUUAUACUCAAAUAAUAUACAAACAAGGAUUUUCUAAUAUAAAGUACAGUAUGUAAUAAAAUUUUAUGUUUGUAAUUGCCUAAUGGAAGAUGACAUUUAUCCUUUACCACCAGAAUUCUCUCACAUGGCAAUGAACUCUAAAAUCUUUACUUUCUACUUUUUUGUUAUUUUAGGAACAGUGUUAGUACCAACGUCACACUUAUCCAGCUGUGAUUACUUUUCUGCGUUGCUUUAGCAUUUCAUCCAAGUUUAAAUACCUCAUUUUCCUUUUGUUGGUAAACACUUUCCACUCACAAAUGAAGUACUGUAGUAUUGAAAGAAAUGUUGAGAAAUAUCCUUUGAGUAAAAACGUUGAUCACUCCUGCAGAGAGGAAAAUGUUCAUGGCUUGGACAAGUCCGAACUGUCUGUAUUACUGGGUCAACCACAUUAAAAAAAAAAUUCAUCUUCAACUAACUGUAGUGCAUAAUUUUUAAUGUACAGUAAAUAAUUUACAAAAAAUAAUUCUGAGCAAUAUUUACUGCUAAAACCACUUGAAUAGUUAUUUUAUUUAUUUUUAAAUAUAGCUUAUUAACGAUACCUAAUGUGUCUGGAAUUUCCAAACGUGUGAAGAAAAUCCACAAAAAUUAUAGGUUCUUUUUCAGAUUUUGAUCAAUUUUUCUGGUAGCCAAAUCCUCUUGGAUUUAAAAAAUUUCCAUUAUACAUUAUACAGUAUCUAGUAACUGAUUUUUGAGGUUACACUGUUGUACUCUGUCAUCUAGGUGAAACUGAAUUUUAAACAACACGGCCUCAUCAAUGGAAAUUGAACUUGGGACCCAUAGAUUGUUAACACAGUAUGAUAACCACACCACUAACUGUACCUGUAUUCAUGCAGAGCUUCCUUCUGCUGAGGGGAAUAAAUAUGAGUUCCAGUUGGUAAUAGUAGCCCUUAAAAGUCAGUCUGUUGUGUAGCGAUCAUGCAAACAACAUCACUCUUAGCAAGGGGGGCCUCAAUCAGCCUAGCAGGCUUUGUUCCAAAAAAAAAAGGAAUUGUAAAACACUUCAGUCAUGACUUCUACAGCUAAUAAAUUUUUAACCUGUCAAGGUGGUGGGGACCACAUGUCUGUCCAUUGCUUGCUCUAGUUGUAACCCACUGUUUAAUUCCGAGUAACAUCUAGCUGGAAAAAAUCACUAGGUUAGUCAGUCUGGAAGUGUUUUAAUCUGUAACAAGAUUUGGUAAAACACUUCGUUGUUAAAAAUACAGUAUGUAUAAUAUUUCAUUGAGGAUUGAUCUUGCCAACCAAGACCCAAUGGUCAUUUACCGUUCGUCAUUGCUUCGUGCACUCUGACCACCAUUUUGGGGGUUGUUAAUUCACAGGUAAUGUUGACUUUGGCACAUCUUCAAUACUUGAUGUGAAACAGCCCCACAGUGUUCUACUAUAUGAACUUAGAUUUACUUGCAAAUUAAAUCUUUCUUGUGGAAGUAGUUUAUCACUUUUUGCAGCUUAGAUGUCUCUAUUUUGAAGGAAUUCUAUGGGUACCCCAAUUGAAGGCCAUGCUGUGGAAUUUAUUUUGGAAAACAUUAUUGAUGUACAUUGUAAAACCAUCCAAAGAAUAAAUAUUUAUACACUAUAAUUUCCAGUGCCCUUUUAUUUCAUCAUAUAGGUUGAGCCACAUACUUGUUGAUCACCACUUAUAGCUGUAGUUUUAAUUGACUAAUUAUGUAAUUAAAAGAAAAAAAUUUCUCAGUACAGUAUAACUAAAAUACAAAACUUUAGAGUAAUCGACAAAACUAUGGAUAAUUGUUUUAUAAAAUGCCAAAUUUAAAAUAAACAAAUUUUAAAAUGUACAUUUACAGUUACAUGUUGCAUAAUUACAGUAUAUUGUCAAGCAUUGAGGUAUAGUUGCACAGAAAAUAAUUAAAUAUACAGUUUAUAUACAGGUUCACUUUAUAUACAGGACUUCACUUAUAUAUAUAAGUGAAGUCACAUGAUGUCCUGAAAUGAGUAUUAUAAAGAGCACUAUUUUGGCACACACUUGUGGCCUAUUACUUGUGAAUGUCACUGCUCAUUCAGAUAGCAAUUACAAAAAAAUUGGAACUUGGAUCUCAACAAAGUACUCUACGAAGGCAUUGCAUGUUAUCACAACUCCAAUCCAUGUUUUACCCCAUUCUCAGAUGUGCUUGUGAUAUGUCAGAGACAUGAUUUUAUUUACCAUACUCUUUAAAUCAUCGCUGAAUCUAUACAGUAUCACAAAACAAAUACUACUACACAGAUUGAACUCACGGCCUUUGUAGAAUUCUUAUUGGAACUCGGUUGUUUUACGGAAUUGUUGGCUGAGUGAGCAGUGUGAAAGCUCACUUUUAUGCAUAUACUGGUAGAUGCAUACACCUAAUAUACACAAUUUGAAAUUCAUAUCAAUACUAUGUUAGUAAUUUAGUCUAAUUUAAAUUUGCAUAACUUUGUAUGGCUUUGCCUUUCCUAACCUAGGUAAAAAAAAAAUUAAUUUGAAUUAUCACUAUUAAUCAUAACUUUAUUUAUUUAGUUUCAUUAAUGUUGCUGAUUUUUAAGUGAUUAUAUGAAAAACUUAAAAUUUUACUUUACUGAGUAAAACAUGUUAAUGAUUAAAGAACUGACCAGCUAGUUUUCCCAGUUAAGAAUGAUAAAUUCAUUAAAGUAGGUUUUUUAGUAAAUUUGGAAAGAUAUUUUCUGAGCAGGAUAUUUAGAUGUUUCUUAUUGCCAAAAAAAAAAAAAAAGGAAAAUACAAAUAAAAAUUUGUGAUCAUGCUAGUUAUGUCCUACCUUGAGGUUACCUUGAGGUGCUUCUGGGUCUUAGCGUCCCCGCGGCCCGGUCGUCGACCAGGCCUCCUGGUUGCUGGACUGAUCAACCAGACUGUUGGAUGCGGAAUGUCAGUGUAACAUUCUGCACUGUUGCAACAGGGAUCUUUUCAAAUGUCCUGCCAGGGCAUACUGGUGCUAGGAAGACUUGGAUAAGAAGUAAAUUAAGCCUGGAGUGAUAUUGGAGGGUUCACUCAAAGCUCUUUCCAGCCCUACUUGACAUCACAAGGACUGCAAAUUAUUAUGCUCAUGCUUACCAUCACUUAGCAGUUGCACCAAAAACCAUGUUUCUUGUAUUGAGCUUCCUUACAUUCUGAUUGAUUAAAAGAUAGUGCGGUAGAUGACACAAUAACGUGGCUGAAGAUAUGAUGACCAAACCACACAUCAGAAAAUGAAGAAACAACGAUGUUUUGGUUACAGGAUCACGUUAGAGGCGUAUACAGGAGCUUGAGCGGACUAGUACUCAAAAAUAGAAAGGAAAAAAAAUUAUGACUUACCUGUGCUAGGCAAGCUUUACGGGCAGGGACCCAACCAUGACCCUAUGAUGUUGCCAAAUAGCUACCAGAUUUCUGCCUGAAGAAGAAAUUACCAUCAUAUUUUGAAGAGCCAUCCAAGUGCAACACACUGAUGGUGUCAUUGAACAAAAGUUAUGGGGGCUGAUUGCCAACACAUUCAAUACCACACAGAUGUGGACCACUUUUGAGAACUAAAUUUUGAUAAGCCAGAUAAUCUAUGACCAUCAGUCACUGUCACAAUAAGAAUGACUUGGUACUCCUCACUCAGCUGAGACAGUACACUGAUGCACGGUUGGAGUGGAGGUGAAAAGAUAUACAUUUCAGCACAAUUCAGAUUACAACCAUGCGCUGAAAGCAGAUGUAAGAUCUUGCCAACAUCUAAGAACCAACACUUUGGUCAUCAUGGUGAAGGCAGAAGAGGAAGUCUUAACUCAAGCUGCAAAGAGAAAGUUGAAGGCCUCCAUGAGGCUGAAACCUGAGAAACCUCCUGAGGAAAUUAACAAAUAAGGAUGUACCUCCAUUCCAAGAAAGAUUGAUGUAUAAUCCCUGCAGCUGGCAUUGAGUAUAAUCCCCAAAACUAGCAGAAAAUGGACUGCAUGUUGGGCAAAUGCGGUUAUCACCCUGUCCUGAUUGGCACGAUCUAAUGCAGUGAGACCAGGAUGAAUCUUAGGGAGUAUCAAAGUGGAAUAGCUAAACUAGAUAAAUAUUUAAUUUGAGGAAUAUAACAAGAAACAGUUGAAUUUUAUAUGCUUAAUGACAUGUUCAGGUUAGAAAAAAUAAGAAUUUGUGCACAGUAUGACUGUCUAUCCCCGUCAUGUCAUGUAGCUUGGCCCUGAAGAGUGCUAGAUUAUGACCCCAAAGAGUACCAUACCAUAGCCCUGAAGAGUACCAAACCAUGAUGAGAAAGAUUAUCAGACCAUGGCCACAAAGAGUACCAUACCAUGACUGAAGAGUACUAGACAUCACUCUGAAGAGUAUCAGACCAUGUCCCUAAAGAGUAUCAGACCAUGACCCUAAAGAAUACUAGACUAUAGCCAAGAGGAAUAUCAGGCCGUGGCUCUAAAAAGUAUUAGACCAUGACCCUAAAGAAUACUAGACCAAAGCCGUGAAGAAUUUCAGACCGUGGCCCUGAAGCGUACCAGAUCAAGGCAUUGCAGAGUACCAGAUCAUGGCCAUGAACAGUACCAGAUCAUGGCCCUGAAGCGUACCAGAUCAUGGCACUGAAGAAUACCAGACCAUGGCCAUGAAGAGUACCAGACCAUGGCCAUGAACAGUACCAGACCAUGGCUAUGAAGAGUACCAGAUCAUGGCCAUGAAGAGUACCAGACCAUGGCUAUGAAGAGUACCAGACCAUGGCCAUGAUGAGUACCAGACCAUGGCCAUGAAGAGUACCAGACCAUGGCUAUGAAGAGUACCAGACCAUGGCCAUGAAGAGUACCAGACCAUGGCUAUGAAGAGUACCAGACCAUGGCCAUGAAGAGUACCAGACCAUGGCUAUGAAGAGUACCAGAUCAUGGCUAUGAAGAGUACCAGACCAUGGCUAUGAAGAGUACCAGACCAUGGCUAUGAAGAGUACCAGAUCAUGGCCAUGAAGAGUACCAGAUCAAGGCCAUGAAGAGUACCAGAUCAAGGCCAUGAAGAGUACCAGAUCAAGGCCAUGAAGAGUACCAGAUCAAGGCCAUGAAGAGUACCAGAUCAAGGCCAUGAAGAGUACCAGGUCAUGGAACUGAGGAGUACCAGACUGUGGCCCUAAGGAAUAGUAGGCCAUAACCAUGAAGAGUAUCAGACUAUUUUGGCCCUUGAAGAGUAUCAGAUCAUGGGCCUGAUGAGUAUCAAACCAUGGCCUUGAUGAGUACCCAACCAUGACCCUGAAGAGUAUCAGACAAUUGCACUGAAGAUCACCAGACUAUGGCAUUGAAAAAUGCCAGAACAUGGCCCUGACAAGUACAGAUCAUGGCCCUUAGGAGUAUGAGAUCAUGGCUCUGAAGAGUUCCAGAUCAUGGCCCUAAAGAGUACUGGACCAUAGCCCUGAAGAGUACUAGACCAUGGCCCUGAAGAGUACCAGAUAAUGGUCUGAAGCAUAUCAGACCAUGGCCCUGAAAAGUACCAGCCCAUGGCCCUAAAGAGUGCCAUACCCUGGCUGAAGUGCCAGACCAUGGCCCUGAAGAGUGCCAUACCCUGGCUGAAGUGCCAGACCAUGGCCCUGAAGAGUGCCAUAUAAUGCAAGCAGUUAGACUAUAGGUUUCCACUCAAGGUUUCUGGGCCAACAAUCAGAGCUCGUAACAAGUCUUUGUAUACAGUAUUUACAAGCCAAUUUGUCCACAAUGUAAAGGUGCCAAGCUUGGUAUAUCAGAUGUUAGUAGUUGAGCAUGUAGAUAAUGUGAUGUUGUACAGAGCCACUUGCUCCUUACAUCAUCAUUCGUGUGUAGCUUGAAUUCUAUAAUGACUAAUUAUAAUUAUUGUAGUAUCAUAUCGAGACUUAUUUCCAAACCAAUUAAUAUUGACAGCAAAUAUAAUAUGUUUGUACUUGUUAAAGCAUACAGGACUUUAAGUAAUUUUUGUACAUUUAGUAAAACCAUUAAACAAAAAUACAUUACAAAAAUGUACUCUUGGCUGUAUUGUUACAUGGCAACAUAUUCUUUGAAAAACCUUCAUUUGUAUAUGCAUGCAUGUGUAUAUGCAUGCAUGUGUGUAUAUAUAUAAAAGCCUCAUUCCGUCUGUAUUGAAAUAUUUUGAAGGGCUAUAUUAUUAUAUUAUUCAUUCAAAGAAUCUAUAUACAGUACUUUACAAAGAUUACAAAUCUCUUGUAGACUAUGACUAUAUAUUUAUGUAAAGAGCUUCUACAUGGGAAGCCAUCUAUAUAUAUGUACAUAAAAACACAUACCUGUACUUGCUUUUGUAGGUGGCUAAAUAUGUAUAGUCAUUAUAGGGGCUAUAUGUAUUUUACUUAUAAUUUAUGUGGCUUUACCUUUGCAAGGACUGCCACUGAUGGUGGUGAUAUAUUUAUGGAUAAGAGAUAAACCUAAAUGUGAUAUAUUGUAUGUUAAGACCACUUGGUUAAUGCUUACAUUUCCACACUUCUGACCACCAUUUCACUCAAGUAAGUCCUCUACAUUAAUAACAUUUCAGUAAAACUCUAAUUAAUAAAGAAAAAAUGUCAGUACCUCUGUACAGUAUCUAUUUUGGUUUUCUGGAUGAUAUUUGUUUAAAUAUUUUUAGUUUGUAGAUUAAAUUACUUUACUAUUAUCAUAACAUACACAUGAAACAAAUGUAGUUUAGAUGGAAGUGAAAAUUUAAAAUGAUGCAUUUUCACUUAUUUUGCUCUAACUGCAUUUUAAAUACAAUACUUUACUGAAUUCAUAUCAUGACAAAUUAAAUGAGGUACAGAUUAUUAGGCUGAUGAUAAGUAAGGAAUAAAUUUAAAAGCAUUAUUACUAAGAGGCCAGUUUGUACUAUGUGAGAUUAUAUGUGUUACCAGAGGAUUUGCCUUUAUCAAUUUUAUUUUGCAAGAGAUAUACACUUUUUUUAUCAUUAAGACUGUUCGAUGUUCUUCAACCACAAAUUAAUGUGAUGAAUAAAUACUGCCAAUGUAAUUGUAAGAAAUAUAAAUGACUUCAGAUUGGUUUUGAGUCAGUGUAACUGUGUGUUCACAUCACAUGCCUUAUACUACAAGACAGGGUUGAUAAGCUUUAUUUGUAUGUGAACAAAGAUUGAAGUAAUGUUAACAUUUUGGUUACAUGAAUAUAUUGUAUAAGGAACAACCUACAAUGACAACAUUUCAAAUGUGUGUUUGUUUUUUAAAAAGAGAGGAAUGAAGUUACUGGAUUUAGGAAUGGUGUGUUGUGAGGGAGAAGUAAGUAUUAUACAGAGAAUGGACAGAUGUUCUCAUAUAUUGACAUUUUAUGCAAAGUGAUGAAUCUGAGAGGUAUUUACCACAUGCUGACUGGAGUGACUUUUGGACGAAUGUCAAGUUAGUGAGGUGUGUAGAUAGAGACUAGUGUGUGAUCUAAAGACUGUUUACUAUAUUAAACCCAAUUCUUGUAAUCUGUGAUGAUCAGAUUAUAAAGAUUAAAUUUAGAUUUUUAGUGGAAGUACAGUGAUGCAACGAACACUAACGGUCAGUGUUUUAAUUUGUGAAAGGUGAGGCUGUUUGCAUUAAAUUAUUAAGUGUUUGGUAUUAAAAAAAAGUCAGUAAGCUUGUUACCUGUGAAAGCUGUGUAUACAAUUAGUUGCCCAUAAUAAGUACUGUUUUGUAUAUUAACCCCAUACAAUGUAAGUCAGUUCAUGGGGGAAUUGCAAUUUAAGUACAGUAUAAUUUUUCUUCAUCUCAGUAUAUUCCUUUUAAUGAUGAUAAUAAUUAUUCGGUCUGCUGGACUGAAUGUAAAGAACAUUAUUAUUUGUACUGUACUGUAUAUGUAAUACAGUUUAUGAUUUUAUGUUAUUUUUUUCUGCAUCAUUUUCCUUGUUUAUGUAUAGUAAUACAUAUUUAGAGCAUGCAAUUGUCAGGUAAGCAUAUUUUAUUGUAACUGACUACAUGCAUGCAUGCACAUGCAUACAUACUUACAUAUAUUUAAAAUAAUUUGUUAUUGCAUUCUCUUGAGUAUUGGAUAUUAGUUGUUACUGAAGUUACAGGAACGGUGAUAGGGGAACACUCAUUACGUGUUGUUUGUGGCUCAGUACAUGCAUGCAAUGCUAUGCUGUGAUGAAUUGAGGUUUUGUUGUUAUGCUCAGCAGCUCACUUCUUCAACUUUUCAACAUUGGUUAUAAUGCAAUGGCUUCAUGAUCUUUUAGCCGCAGGAACUUUCAAAUAUGAGCACUUCCUUUUACACAUUACAUUGAAGCUUUUCAAAUACAGAUUACUCUAACUUAUCAAAUGUAUUUUAUCCCUAAAUCAACAUUAUAACACCUGCACAAUUUAAUUGUGAAUAUCUUUUUUAAUUUUAUUAUUAUUAAUUAUUAUAUACCCAUACUGUACACAGUAAUAACAGUGAUAAAAUGCUUGGAUUAUCAGGACUAAAUUUAAUAUGUAGUAAUUAAGGGUAUAUGUGUACUGCAUUUACUGUUCUAAUAUUGCAACAGAAUUAAUAAUGUGAUUGAGAUUGAAUAAAUCCACAUAUAUAUGUGGUUGAGAUAUGUUUAAAAUCUAUUGUUGGAAACUACACAAAUGUCAGUAAAUGAAAAUAGACAAAUGUUGACAGGAACAUUGUUGUGAUUAGUAUCUCAUAUUAGAUUGUUAACCAUUGCUAAUAGACCAUUUCUUUUCUUGGCAUUUUUUGCCAGAGAUAUUUUGGCCUCCUUUAGUCUAUAUUUAUUAAGUAGAGAUGAUCACAUUAAUUGCAUUAAGGUACUGUAUUAUUAUUUAAUAACUUAAAUGUCAUUACUGAGGUGCCAUUAGUGAUAACUUUAUCUCCAGUCAAUUGAAGCUCACAUGUUUUGUCUUUUAUGAGCAAAAUGUUAUAAUUGUGACAAAAGUAACAUUUUGGCACAGCAAGUGAAAAUAGCUAUGUAUAAAGUUACACUCACUAGGAGGUACAUAAAAUGAAGGCAGAUGCUAAACUUAUGCUUUAUGAAAUAUUACUGCAUGUCUUUCUUUGUCAGGUGCAUAGCCUAUUGUAUUAUUCAUGACAUAAUCAAGCUGGUUAGUACAAGUAAUGUGAAACAUUAUUUUAGAAUUUUCUACUUGAUUAAUUACCACCUCAGAUAUUAGAGAGAAUUUUAAAAGCACAAAACAGUUCAAUACAGUACAUUAAAAGAGCAUUCUUACAGUAUUUUUGUCAACCAUAUUAAUCGCCAAAGAAUCUCUUUUGUGGAUGACAUAUACUGUAUUUGAUAUAUGUAUGUUUACUUGUCAUCAACAUAAAACAUUUUACAGAUG